GUAUGGAAAUACAAAAAAAGAAAAGAGAAUUGACUGCUGAAUAAGUUUAGAAAAUAAAAGAUGGUUUCUAAAUUUAAAGAGUAAUUAUGAAAGACUCAGAAACUUAAUAAAUUUAUUGGGAUUCUAUUACAGAGAAAGUAUAUAAAAUAUAAUAAUUUAAAGAUCACCCAAGAUUUAAUUGAUAUUACUUUAGAUCCUAAAAUCAUUACUUCAAAAGCUGCUACUAGAUCAAUCUAAUUUUCAACUAAAGAGAAAUUAUAAGACUUAAUAUUAAUUUAAGAUGUAACAAUAUCAUAAUUUAAUAUAGGCUUAUUUACAUGAUAAGAAAAUUGAACAUUUUGUAUUUAAAUUUGGUUUUGUUAUGCCUGAUACUGUAAACACUUGGGAUUCUACCAUUGUUAAUAGACCACCUGAAUAAAUGUUGCCUAAAGAAAUCUAAUCAGGCAAUUUAAUAGUUGAUAUCUAAAUGUUUGAAUAAGAUCACCUUAUCUUUAAUGUAAAAGUGAGAAUAUUUUAUUCAUGA